AUGGCGAACUUGACAAAGGUUGAUUUUGUUGCCCUGGAUAUUACUGGAAAGAACUACUUUAGUUGGGUAAUGGAUGCCAAGAUCUAUCUGGAGGCAGGAAAUCUUGGAGAAACCAUCAAGAAGGAUAACAGUGCAUCCUCUCAAGAUUGGGUGAAGGCCAUGAUCUUUAUCUGUCGCCACCUGGAUGAGGGACUGAAGAGCGAGUACCUCACAGUUGAAGAUCCAUUAACCCUCUGGAAGGCACUGAAAAAUAGAUAUAAUCACCAGAAAACGGUGAUUCUUCCAAGAGCUCGUUAUGAGCGGGCUCACCUAAGAAUCCAGGAUUUCAAUACGGUGGCUGAAUACAAUUCUGCAAUGUUCAAAAUUAGUUCCCAGUUGAAGCUCUGUGGAAAAACAAUAAUUGAGGAAGAUCUGCUGUAA